AUGGAGGCUUCUGUUGGAGUGGAGGUGGCAUGGUCUUCCGAAAUUGUGGGUAGCCCUCAGGUGGGCGGUUACUUGCAGCUUGUGAAGCAAGCGCAACCCGUGGAUGUGGCGUCUGACGCGGUUCCGUCUAACACGAGUGAUCUGGUUGAAGGAAUGUCUUCGUCGACCUCAUUGUCGUCCGUGGAAAUGAUUACAACACAGCACACGAGGCGUUUCGACGGCGACGGAUGGAAGUGUGUGCUUGACAACCACAUGGUGGCACUCUGUGACGUGUUUGUGAAGGAUGCCGCUGCUGCAUGUGAUGUGCCGUUGGAAAAUGUCGCACUGCGGGAGCUUCGACUUGGCAGUUUGUACGUCACAUUUCACGUCACUCACGACGCGGAUAUUGACGAGGAAGAAAUUCAGCAGCGUGUUGAUUUGUACCCGUUUCGCGAGGUGAUGCGCCUCUAUGCAAAUCGUGAUGCACCACCUGACGGUGUUGAUGCGUUACUCAAGCGCAAUGCAGAACUGGAGGCAGAAACCAAGGCGAUGAUCGCCAGAUUGAAGGAUGAGAAUGAUAAGCGGAUAGAGAAACUGAUUCGCGAUCAUGAGAAGGCGCUUAAAGAUUUGCAGGAGAAGGUUGAUGAGAGGGAGCGGGAGUUGGUUGGUAUCAACAAUGAUCUUGAGGCAUUACUGCAGCAGAUGACGGAGCAGAAGAACUCUCUUGAAGAGGAACGGAAGAAGGCCAUUGAGGCCAUAAAGCGGGAGCGGGCGCGCAAUGAAAAACUUGCCCACCGUAACAGCGAACUCGUGGCCGCGAUUAUUCAGGAAAAUAAGAAGGAGAUGGAGGCGAAGGAGCGUGAGUUUGAGGAACAGCUCCUGGAGAAGGACGUUGUUAUCGAGAACUUGCGCGCCAAACUGCGCACCAAGAACGAAGCUACUAACGGCGAUGUGCCCCAUGCCGGUCGCUCACCGAUGUCAAAUGCCGACCCUGAUCGGGCGGAGGAAUUUGCAAAGCUUAUGGGGCGGAUGGAAGAGAUGGCAAUAGUGCUCGAGAAGACUCAGGAAUCGGAAACGGAAGCGCGGAGUGAAAUCCAGAAGCUGUCGGAGGCUCUAAAGCUCUCUGAAGAGGCUCGGCAAUCUGAUGCAGUUAUUUAUGAGAAUAACACACUUGCGCUCAAGCAGCAGCUACAGUCGUUCUGGGACACAAAACUCGCUGAGGAUCAUCAGAAGCGGCAAGAAGAGUCACGUGCACGCCGCGGUGCCAGUGGCGUGAGGGGGGAGAAGACGAAUGAGACAAUUGUAAAACAGUACGAAGCAGCACUGGAGAAUAUCAUUAGGACGCUCCAAGACCGUCUCACAAUACUGCGGGAAGAGCAUGCAUCUUUCAUAAAAGUCUCCGAGAAGGAGACCAUAAACGAGCGGGACAUCCUCAAUGAGAAUGAGGCGGAGAGCCAGCGCGUCAGGCAGACGUUCCGUACCGUCUCUUUGACAUUGCAGCGUGUGUUCUGGGGUACACGGGACGACGAGGUUCCUCCGCUAAUUACGGAGUUAGAUAAUGCGGCGGCCUGUUCAGAGAAAUCGAGAGCUUCUGUAAAGAUGACGCUGGCGCUGCUGGACUCGCGCUUGCAGUCUUUUGUUGAGCAGAAGGAGUGGAUGGAGACCCAUCAGCAAGCCCUAGAGGAAUUGAUGACAUCGUUGCGAACGUUGAACAAACGGGCGUUUGAGCGUCAGCUCUCUCUUAUGAAUGAACAAUCGGCGAGGUUGCCUUCUGCUCCGUAA